UUCUGUUCAGGUUCUGGUUUGGUUCUGACGGAGCUGGAGACGCCAGGCGGCCACCCACAGCUCAGUGAGAGAGAGGCUCCCCACUCUUUCCUUCUUGUACAAAAUUUCCUCUUCCUUCCCGUUCGUGGUUGUAUGUCGGCUCUAUAACAACACAACUAACCACCACAUCUUUACACUCGGAUAAAAACACCAAUUCACGCCUCGGCGCGCCGUAGAUGAAUUACUUUUCGUUUCGGCGCUUUUCGCUCCAGCUACGCAGUUUUUUGGAGCUCGCGCGCGCAGUUCCACAGAGCCACGACUCCGACCCGGACCGAGACGUUCGUGGCUCCAAACCGGACCGAUUUGGGUUUUUAUGGAGGGAUGCGGGACUCCACUGCGCGCAAAGCAGGUGCCCCUGAAGGCGCGGAGGACGGAUCCGGACAAGCACGGUCCGGGUCCGGCAGGAAGCGCUUUCUGUGGUGACUGAAGAUCAACCCAUCUUUGAGCCACCCUACUCCACAACCAUGCACAUGAAGACCGAGAUGACAUCACCUGGAAGAUUCAGUCAGACCGCCAAACAGAGUCCAGAUCCCAGCGAGUCCGAGUGGGUGGGGUCAGCAGCACCGAAUGCUGGGAAAAGGGGUGACCAAGUCAAUGGGACCAGCCGCGAGUCUCCGGUAGACUGCAGCGUCACCAAACGCUCCCGACACAUGAGCAGUGACGGGGCCUCAAUGACAUACCAGACCUCGUACCCAGAGCCCCGCAUCAGUGCCCAGACCUCCACCCCACCCAGCAGCACCACAGAGGAGAAGAGGGUCAUCGUCCCAGCAGAUCCUGAGGUCUGGACCCAGGACCACGUGCGGCAGUGGCUGGACUGGGCCAUCAAGGAGUACGUCCUGGAGGAGGUGGACGUCACACUCUUCCAGGCACUGGAUGGCAAAGCCCUCUGCAAGAUGACCAAAGACGACAUGAUGAGGCUGACGUCGGCCUACAACGCCGACAUCCUGCUGUCACAUCUGAAUUACCUCAGACAGAGCAGCCCGACCUUCUCCUACUCCACACCUCCCACCAACAACACGCCACCCCCUCCCCCACAGCCACGGCUACAGGUCAAAUCAGAAAGUGAUUUUAAUGAGAUCAGCCGCAGGAACAGCUGGCCAGCAAACACCAUGACUGCUGCAGUGCAGAAGGGUUCUUCUAUCGAGCACCAACACAGCACGAGGGUAUCCGAGCCCGCGCCGAGAAUCGGCCAAGACCCGUAUCAGACAUUAGGACCCAUCAGCAGCAGACUUUCCAAUCCAGAAGGCCAAGUCCUCGGCUCAACCAAGAACCGAACAGGCAAACAAAGUCCGUACAAGCUGGCUGACCCCAGCGCUCACAGGCCUGUGGGUUCGGGGCAGAUCCAGUUAUGGCAGUUCCUGCUGGAGCUUCUGUCAGACAGCAACAACUCCGGCAUCAUCACCUGGGAGGGCACCAACGGCGAGUUCAAGAUGACCGACCCAGAUGAGGUGGCCAAGCGCUGGGGCGAGCGCAAGAGCAAGCCCAACAUGAACUAUGACAAGCUGAGCCGCGCUCUGCGAUACUACUACGACAAGAACAUCAUGACCAAGGUGCACGGCAAGCGCUACGCCUACAAGUUUGACUUCCAGGGCAUCUCACAGGCGCAUCAGAACCACGCUCCAGAAGGAGGGAUUGUUAAGUACCAGACUGAGAUGCCUUACAUGCAGCCGUACCACAGCCACCAGCCCAAAAUGAACUUCAUGGGAGGCCAUCCUGCUCCCAUGCCCGUCUCUCCAGGGAACUUUUUUGGGCCACCGACGACGUACUGGAACUCGCCCAGCAGCCCAAUCUACCCCGGAUCGGCUAUGACCCGACACCCGGCUGCUCAUGCCCACCUGAGCUCAUACUACUGAGGUGGCGGCACCUCGACGGGUCAGACAGGAGAAGAACCCAAGUGAGCUUAUUUCUGGUGCCACCUGAGCAGAACCCGUCUGAUGGGAGAUGAUAUGAUGCUUUAAGGUCCAGUUCCUAAAAGGCAUCUUCAUACUCCUCCACAGAAGUGGACAGAACCAGAGGGUUAGACUAACCUGUUCACAUUUAUUAUUUUGUAAAUGACUGAUACCGAACGGUUUCUAUUACAUCACAGGUCAACCUGCAGUUAUCUCAUUACAGGACCUGAUUGUUUUAUAAAACAAAUUGUACAGAAUUUUUUUCAUGUAACAACAUUUAUGCAUUAUCUAAAAGUAAAAAAAUAAAAAGAUUUUCUGUCCACCUGUAGAACACACGAUGCUUUAAGCUCCAAACCAGAGAACUCGUUCAGGUCACUAGUUAGUAGUUCAGGUCAUUAGUUAGUAGUUAAGGUUAGUACAUCUAGUGAAACAGUUUGAGUUCAGCUUUAAUGAAGUGAAGCUUUUUAAAUGUCAAUCCUCAAGUGAUUCAACAGUAGAAAUAAAAGGUAAAAAUUAUGUUGAAAA